CGUAUUUCACGCCUCUGGAAUGCAUUCUCUUUCAAUAGAAAAAAUCCAAGCCCGAAUCUCUUAUUCAACUCUUGCUGCAAUUGAAAACCCAUCUAUUUAGAGAUUAGAAAAUGAUGGAAAAAAUCCAACUUUUUCUAAUGCUUCUAACUUUUUCAUUGAUUACAGAGGAUCAAGAAACUAUACUAUCAAAAGCACCAAACGUUUAUAUACCCAUUUGCUUUAAACUGCAAUGCAGUAUUUUGCUGCAAAAUUUUUGCCUGAUGGGUACUGCGAAUGUGGUUCAAUGGAAGAAGCAGUCAAGUUGUUUGAUAAAUUGCCUGAACCAAACGUAAUUUCAUGGAAUACUAUGACUCCUGGUUAUAAUUAAAACAGUUUGUUUUGGGGUUCUUGGUUAUGGUUUUGUAAAGUGUGGGCUUCGGGAUUUGAACCUGAUGAGAUUAGUUAUAAUAGUGUGCUUUCAGCUGGUGUUGCUAUGCAAAGUACUAGCUUUGGCAAGCAGGUUUAUUCAGUUACAAUAAAAAAUGGGUUUGUUUGUAAUGGAUAUGUUCGUACUGGAAUAAUUGAUUUGUUCGCAAAAAUAAUUUGUCUGAGGGAUACCUUGAGGGCGUUUUAUGAUGUUUCAAGUUGUGUGAAUGUUUGUUGGAAUGCUAUUAUAUAUGCAGCUGUCAAGAAUGAGGAAAAUUGAGUUGCGUUGGAUCUUUUUGUUCAAAUGGGAAAGUAGUUUUUGAUGCCAAACAGUUUUACGUUCCCUACUGUUUUACCUGCUUGUGCUGCAGUCAAAGACCUUGAGAUUGGAAAAGAAGUUCAGGGGUGGAUCAUUGCAUGUGGUGCGGUAGAUGUCUUUGUGGGAACUUCCUUGAUUGACUUGAAUGUCAAGUGCGGAGACGUGGAUGAAGCUGUGAAGAUGUUUUCAUGGAUGCUUACUCUAAACAUGGUUUCUUGGACUGCUAUCAUUUCUGGAUUUGUGCAGAAGGAUGGUUGUCUCGAUGCCCUCAAGUUUUUUAAAGAAAUGAGAUAUAUGAAAGUGGAAAUAAACAACUACACUGCUAUCUGUGUUACUUCUGCUUGUGCUAAACUAAACAUGAUUGAAGAGGCAACACAAAACCAUUCAUGGAUUAUGAAGAGUGGAGUUUAUAUGGAUUCAGUGAUACAAGCUGCUUUGCUAAAGACGUAUUCAAAAAAAGGAGUAAUUGGUUUGGCUGAAACGGUGGAAAGCAUAAGGAGUCCAGAUACAUGGGCCGUGUUGAUUUGUUCUUUUGAUCAGAAACAGAGUUGUCAAUGGGUAAUUGCAUUGUUACAGACAACGUUAAAAGGGGGUGUGAGAUCUUUGGAGUUUAGUGUCUUUAAUGUGAUAGAAUGCAUAAACCUGGUGCUGGGGAGGCAGAUGCACUGUUACACUCUUAAAACUGGGUUGAUCUUUGAUCUUCCAGUUGAGACUUCUCUGUUGUUUUCAAAAUGUACUCAAAAUCGAAACAGUAGCUUUAAAUUUUAAGAUGGCAGGAGU